AUGCAGCCCGGCUUCACCCUCGCGCCCCGCGACCCGUUCGCAGACGCAAAGCAGACGCUGUCAUCGUGGGACAACUGCAUGGCCAAGGACUACUGCAAAUGGCCAGUCAUAGUCGCCAUUGUCGUGGGCGGCAUCAUCGCCUUUAGCGUAGUCUUCUGCAUCGCGCGCUGCAUCUGCUGCGGUGCCGAGUGCGCCAUCUGCUGCUGCAAGUGCUGCACCUGCUGCUGUGGGAGCAGUGACUCGGGCCACAAGCGCAUGAAGAGCGACACCCAAAGCUACCCGCCACCACAGCCACAUCCCCAGCAGCCGUACGCCUCGCCGAACCCAUACGCGGAAGCCCGCUCGUUCGCGCCUCCGCCGCCGCCGCCGCCGCAGCUCAACACGCAGUACCAGUCGCAUGCCACGCCCGUGCUGGCUCGCCAGCCCAGCAACCCUCACUUCAAUCCGCAAGUCAACCCAAAGUUCGUUCGCCCGGCAUCGCCCGAGCAGGCCCAGUAUGCGACCUUUGACGCACACGGCAAGCCCGCGAACGAGGACGCGCUACCCGCCAUGCCCAGCUGGAACGAUGCGCGCAGCAGGCACGUCGAAGUCGAGGACGAAGCUGUGCCAGAAAAGCGGGGCGAUGUCGAGAUGGACAGGCUCAACUACAGCGGCAGCGUGCCGAACACAUCCGUAGCAGGCGCAGCCGCAGGCGCAGCGGGAGCAGGAAUGCGAUCAUCACCCGGCCCAGGAAGGAGUCCAAUCUCGCCCGCGCAGGGCACAGACGGACGCGGCUUUCCAGCGACCUACCAGAACCAGUACGACCGCAGAGGCUCGCCAGCGCAGAGCCAGGCCUCGUCGCAAGCAUACGGCGCGAAUGCCGCCGCUGGCUAUGCACAGGACAAGACCCCCCGCGGCCCCUCACCAGCGCAUUCCUACAGCGAGUACAGCCAGGUCUCGAGCCCCUACGACCGCCGCUCCCCCGUGCAGGACCAGCCUUACAACCAGCCUCACAGCCAGCCUUACAACCAGCCUCACAGCCAGCCUUACGACCAGCCUCACAGCCAAGCUUACGACCAGCCUCACAGCCAAGCUUACGACCAGCCUCACAGCCAAGCUUACGACCAACCCUACACUCAACCCUACACGCAGCCCUACACCAUCCCCGCCCAGCAAUCCCCCUACACCGCGCCCUCGGAGCGCUACAACUCCCCUGCGCCUCCGAGCUACCACACAACUGCGCUCCCGAACCCGUACGCCUACGCCCCCGCGCCAGUGCAGCCGUACGACCAACCCCGGAGCAACACGCCCGGCUACGGCCGCGCCGCUGGCGCCGGAAACGCAGCCUACGACCCCGUGCCCGACAGGAGCGCGACCGCCACGCCCGGUGCGUAUCCGGGGCAGCAGUCGUACCAGGCAUUUCAGCCGCAGGGUGCGCCGCAGGGACAGCAGUAUGCGGGGGUUGCGAGGCGGCCUGUUGAGGGCAGUUUGAGGGAUGUUUAG